UCAAGGGUCACCCCAGCUCCCGUUGCUGUCCCAAAGCUUAGCGCUUUCCCGUGCGACAAGGCUCCUGUGGCCCACAGCGUUCGGUAACCUUCUCCUGGGCGCUGAUAAGUGACCUAUGUAAAGAUGCUGCGAUACUGGGGCGAGAUCCCAGUGUCAUCUAACCAGGCCAACCGCAGCUCCUUUGACCUGCUUCAGCGUGAGUUCCGGACGGUGGAAGUCCAGGAUCCUCCUCUGCACCAGCCCUCUGCGAACAAACCCCGUCCCACCACCAUGCUGGACAUCCCCUCGGAGCCCUGCAGCCUCACCAUUCACACCAUCCAGCUCAUCCAGCACAACAGGCGGCUGCGCAGCCUCAUCGCCAUGGCUCAGGCUCAGAACCAGCAGCAAGCGGAGGGUAUAAAAGCUGAAGACAACGAACCUCUGCCCUCUUGUCCGGCCUCUCCGCCUCUCCCUGAUGACCUGCUUCCUCUGGACAGCAAAACCCCCAAAAUGCCAUUUCAGCUGAGGCACAGUGACCCAGAGAGUGAUUUCUACAGAGGAAAAGGGGAGCCAGUGACUGAGCUGAGUUGGUCCUCCUGCCGGCAGCUCCUCUACCAGUCCAUGGCCACCAUCCUAGCUCACACAGGCUUUGAGUGUGCCAAUGAGAGUGUCCUGGAGACCCUGACAGACAUUGCCCACGAGUACUGCUUGAAGUUCACCAAACUACUGCGCUUUGCAGUGGAUCGAGAGGCCCGCCUUGGGCACACCCCAUUCCCUGAUGUCAUGGAGCAGGUCUUCCAUGAAGUGGGCAUUGGCAGCGUGCUCUCACUGCAGAAGUUCUGGCAGCACCGCAUUAAAGAUUAUCACAGCUACAUGCUUCAGGUUAGCAAGCAGCUGUCUGAAGAAUAUGAGAAGAUUGUCAACCCUGAAAAGGCAGCAGAAGACACAAAGCCUGUGAAGAUUAAGGAGGAACCUGUUAGUGAUAUUACUUUCCCCAUAAGUGAGGAGCUGGAAGGAGAUCUAGCUUCUGGUGACCAGUCUUUGCCUGUUGGAGUCCUUGGAGCUCAAAGUGAGCGCUUCUCUGCCAACUUAGAAGUAGAAGCUUCCCCACAGACUUCAGGGGCUGAGGUGAAUGCUUCCCCACUCUGGAACUUGGCACAGGUGAAAAUGGAGCCACAGGAGAAUGAGGAGGCUAAUGUGCAUGGCCAUGGUGUCCUAGGCAGUGAUGUCUUUGAGGAACCAAUGUCAGGCAUGAGUGAAGCUGGGAUGCCACAGAGCCCCAAUGGCUCUGAGAGCAGCUAUGGUUCUCAUUCUGCUGACAGUCUGAUGGGAUCCUCACCUGUCUUCAACCAGCGCUGCAAGAAAAAGAUGAAGAAGAUGUGAAAGAGACAGUGGUUUUGGUUAGUCUUGAUGAUAUGUAAUGGACUUGAAACAAAGUGAGAGUACUGUGAUGGUUGUGAUUCAUGACAGGGGUAUGUAUGAUGUAUGAGGGACCUUACAUAACAUUAUUAUGAGAGGUUUGACAUGUGGUGCUCUUCAGCUCCCCUCUUUGCUGGCUUUUCUACUUCAUCUUGACUCAUAAGAUUGAAGAUCACCCUGUGCAUUUGGUGGUGGCAAUGCUUGCUUGGAUAGAUUAAUCCCAAAGUUACCAGUGGAAGGUAGCUGUGAGGAGAUGUGCUAAGUCAUAGAAUCAUUGAAUACUUUGGGUUGAAGGGACCUCUUGAGGUAUCUAGUCCAGUGCCUGCUUGAAGCACAGCUAAUUAGAGCAGGGUAUUUCACUGCUUGGGGAAUAUCGCUGAUGAUUAUGAUGGCUUAGCAGAGAUGCUGUAGAGUAGCCUCACAGUGCAGUCAGCCAGCUCCUUCAGUGCUUUGCUGCAUGGAUUGAGGUAUGUCCAAUUGGCUUAAGUUCUUGUUAAUUUGAUCUUCCUCUAUUGUAGCUAAUACUUUACUCCCACAUACUCUGCUAGAAGGCCCAGGGACCUGGCAGGCCUGAAGGCAGACCAAAUCAGUCAAAACAGGCAAAAAAAGGUGUUGAGUACAUCAGCCUCAAAGUAUAAAGAGCAUCCUUUGUCACCAGAUUGCCUGCGCUGUUGUAAAUCCUUGUUGUUGUUGCAAACCCUUUUUCUUUAACCCUUCUUUUGCUUCCAGUGAACUUAAAAAAGCCCUUCUGCACAUUUCAUACCAGUUUCAACUCUAGCUGAGCUUUGGCCUGUGUAACUGUCCCUGCACACUUAGGCUGUGUCUCUGUAUCCCUGCUGGGCAGCCCAUCCUCACUUCCACUUCUGUGUACUUUUUCCUUUGUGCUUGAUCCCAGUCAGGAGUUUCUUGGUCACCUGUGCUCUCUAUCAUGCCUGCUUUAAUUUCUGCUCAUUAGGAAGAACUGUUCUACUUUGAGAAAUCUGUCUUUCAAGAUAAGGCAGCAUGCUUGGGCCCCUUUGGAAGGCUGGGACAGUCUCUCCUGAGAUCCUGCCAAGACAUUCCUUGAAUAAACUAAAAUAUGUUGUCCUAAAGGUCCAGGACACUCUCUUGUACUUGUUAGUGAAGAUUUUAAGGGCCACAAUUCCAUGUCUGCUGCAGCCAAGACCUUCACAUUCUCCACUCAUUCUUUCUUGUUACAAAGAAGUCCAUCAGAGCUUCUUCCCUGAUUUACUGAUCAUCCAGUCAGAGAAGUUGAUGUGGUUUUCUGGAGAGAAUGAAGCAGCUUUUACUAUUGGUGUGAGGCAAUAUUGGCAAUGUAAACUUUUCCUUUGCUCUCAUUGAUUUAAUUGCAGCAGCUUCAGGCUGGAUGAGGUUUUGAUUGCCCAAGGGGGGUUGUGGAGUCUCCUACGUUGGAGAUAUUCAAGGCCUGGACAAGUUCCUGUGUGAUGUACUCUAGGUUACCCUGCUCUUGCAGGGGGGUUGGACUGGAUGAUCUUUUGAGGUCCCUUCCAACCUUUGGGAUUCUGUGAUUCUAAGAUAUCUUGACAGCUUAGUCUGAAACAGAAUCUGUUUUGCCUCUUUUAUAGUUCAGCUGACUGAUGGCAUUGUUUUUGUUCUGCACAAUCCUCACUUGAUCAGCUUGGUCUUUAACUUGAUUCAACGUGUGUAUCUCUCAAAAAAGCUAGAAUGAACAUGAAUCAAGAAUGGACAGCCACUUAAACUGGCUUUACACCUGUAACCCCUUGGGGUGUUUGAGGGACAUUUACCAAAUCUCCCAUUUGUCCUUACAACUGCAAGUUUAUCUUUUGAAAGAACAAGCUCCAGGCAUAGUAUUUUUCUUUGUGUAUAACAUGCCUAACUGUAUUUCUUAUUUCCUAACUGUAUUUCUCUUCUACUUUAUAGAAGUGGAAGCCAAACAUGAAAUAUUUCCAUGUCUUAUGAGAAUGUGUGACCACAGGCUUUUAUGGGACUGGAGUUAAAAUUCCCCAUCACAGUUUUAAAGGUUUCUGCUUGGGUGUCAAUUCCAGCUAUUUGAAGCCUAGUCAAUAGUAGAAGAGCAUAUGACUGUAUCAGGAAACCUUCAUUUUGAUUCCCUUUGAGUCACCUUCAGUGUCGCUGUUUUCUCAGCCAGUAGUAUUUUCCUCUUGGAAGAGUGUUUGGGAUUUAGUCACUAUUCAGGAAAGGCACUGUGAUCAUUCAGGGUUUUGUGAGAGUUGUGAGCUUUGCUUCCAUUUUGGCAGGACUGCUGCUGGCUGGAGAAUGCUUAAAUGGACACUGAAACAUUACUGACCUGUACGGUACUGUUUUUAAGCAAAACUUCUUGUCAUGAAGAAGUAAAGCACAACUGUGCUAUUCAACUGCCCAGGUACACGGAGGACAUACUUUCUUGCUCAAUUUUACAUGUCUGCAUCUAACUAUGUCCCUCUGGGUCCCAUUUGCAGCUGAAGAGAGAUGGUCACUUUGGUUGCAGUUCAUCUGCCUUGAAGUAGAAGUAUAAAGCAGGUCAGAUGAAUGGCAUUUUUAGGAAUGUAUGUUUUCCCUUUCUGUUUCCAUAAAGUGACUUCAACUUGGCUGCCUCAGCUGGAGACAUCCACACCAUCAGCAUCUCAACUAAGUGACCUGGCUUUGGCCUUUUUUGUAUGGGAAUUAGAGAAGACUGGGCUGGUGCUGCUUCUUUUCUACACAUUCAGCAGAGCUUGCUGUUGGGAUGGUAGUACUGGGCUGAAAGCAGACUGCUCAUCUACCCAAACCAGCAGACCCAGCCUUCUCCACAAGACACAGAAUAUGCAAGGCUGGGGCCUCAAUGUGGCUUUUGAAGUGUUCUGCAUGGGAACCGUCCAGGGUUGCAGCUGAGAGAGCACAUGCUGUGUGUCAUACUCCUUUGUCCCUCUAGCAAUACCUUUUUAAUCCUUUAGAAGGGUUCUGCCUGGUACCCACCAGAGUCCACUGUACAAGCAGCAGUGUGACAGCUGUACUGCAGCCUCUGCUACCCAGUGCUUUAAUUCUAACACCAUCCAUGCUAAUGUGCAUGAUGCUGGGCAGGGAAAACCUGUUUCUUGCAUGGAAAUCUACAACUUGAAAACAGGCAAGGAAGACUGGGGAGGGGAGAUGAGGCCAGUCUGAGGAUGUGCUUGAUUCCAAGAUGAAUGGACAUGUUCUGUGGGAAGGAUGCUGUACUGAAGAUGUUUUUGUACAUGUAUGUGAAUAAAAUGUGUAAAACAUUGCUUGGGUUUACAGGGGACAGAAUUGCUUGGAAAUACUGCAGGAUUGUGGGUUUUUUCACUUGCUCUCCUGGAGAGAAUUUCUUUGGAAUUUGUAAUAAAGUGAAAAAAAUAAAACAAACAAAAAAAACACCUCA